AUGUGGCAUCUGCGUCUUUCUUUCUGUACACUAGAUCCUGCAGCGGGGCGCCGCUGGAGCCUGUACGGGACCCGGGAGCGUUCACAGCUCUUCCAGAGCGUGCAGAAGGAGUUGGAGGUGCAGGGUCACUGUCACCCUGUUGAGAAGAUCCUCCGCAAGUGGAACAACUUGAUCGUCACCUAUAAGAGGGUCAAAUACAGAGGCAGGGAGACCGGCCAGGCCAGAACCUCCUGGGAGUACUUUGAGAUGAUGGAUGCCAUGCUUGGUGACACCAUCGGUGCCGAGACCACUAGCAGCCCUACCCUAGUAACCAGCAUCCCUAAGGUGAACAUCGCCACGGAAACCACCAAAACCGAGCAGAAGCCCCUUCUCCUUCCCCAUGGCAACCUCAUCACUGCCUACACUCGGACACUCACCCUUGUCCCCUCCUCCCUCCCACUCCAUACACCAGUUCCCUCCACCCUCCCUCUCUACACCUUUGUCAAAUCCCCUCCCACCCCUGUCUGCUCCUCCCUCCCUCUACACAACCCUUUGGACACACCCUCCCCCAGAAUAGCCAAUAACACAGACCCUGUACAGCCACACCCCUCCCCUGCUCCGGUCACACAGCCCCCUGCCUCCUGUCACAUCCCCUCCAACUUCAGCCGCAUGCACCUCCGCAGAAAGAAGCGCGGUCGCUUCUCCUGCUCCACCUCCAAGGGCUCCUCCAUUACCUCCCCUCUGGUCCAGAAGCGAGGAGAAGGCACCUCCCUGCUGCAGGAGUUCCUGAGGAGGCAGGAAGGGCAUGCCGAGGAGGAGCAGGUCUGUCGCAGCAGGUCAGAGGCCCAGGGGAGGAGGUACGAGAGGAGGGAGGUGUGCAUGGCAGAGUCCCUGGGAAGGAUGGCCACAGCUCUGGAGCUGCUCUCCUCCAAACAGGACACAGUCAUUGCCCUGCUGCAGAGACUGGCCGAGAGAGACGGGAAGUGACAGUCAUCACCCUGCUGCAGGGUUGUCUCAAAUCAAAUCAAAUUUUAUUUGUCACAUACACAUGGUUAGCAGAUGUUAAUGCGAGUGUAGCGAAAUGCUUGUGCUUCUAGUUCCGACAAUGCAGUAAUAACCAACAAGUAAUCUAACAAUUCCAAAACUACUGUCUUAUACACACAAGUGUAAGGGGAUAAAGAAUAUGUACAUAAAGAUAUAUGAAUGAGUGAUGGUACAGAGCAGCAUAGGCAAGAUACAGUAGAUGGUAUCGAGUACAGUAUAUACAUAUGAGGUGAGUAUGUAAACAAAGUGGCAUAGUUAAAGUGGCUAGCGAUACAUGUAUUACAUAAAGAUGCAGUAGAUGAUAUAGAGUACAUUAUAUAUGUAUACUUAAAUAUGAGAUGAAUAAUGUAGGGUAUGUAAACAUUAUAUUAGGUAGCAUUGUUUAAAGUGGCUAGUGAUAUAUUUUACAUUUCCCAUCAAUUCCUAUUAUUAAAGUGGCUGGAGUUGAGUCAGUGUGUUGGCAGCAGCCACUCAAUGUUAGUGGUGGCUGUUUAACAGUCUGAUGGCCUUGAGAUAGAAGCUGUUUUUCAGUCUCUCGGUCCCAGCUUUGAUGCACCUGUACUGACCUCGCCUUCUGGAUGAUGGCGGGGUGAACAGGCAGUGGCUCGGGUGGUUGUUGUCCUUGAUGAUCUUUAUGGCCUUCCUGUAACAUCGGGUGGUGUAGGUGUCCUGGAGAGCAGGUAGUUUGCCCCCGGUGAUGCGUUGUGCAGACCUCACUACCCUCUGGAGAGCCUUACGGUUGUGGGCGGAGCAGUUGCCGUACCAGGCGGUGAUACAGCCCGACAGGAUGCUCUCGAUUGUGCAUCUGUAGAAGUAUGUGAGUGCUUUUGGUGACAAGCCAAAUUUCUUCAGCCUCCUGAGGUUGAAGAGGCGCUGCUGCGCCGCCUUCACGAUGCUGUCUGUGUGGGUGGACCAAUUCAGUUUGUCUGUGAUGUGUAUGCCGAGGAACUUAAAACUUACUACCCUCUCCACUACUGUUCUCUAACUUCUAUAGCGAUAAUUAUGGAUAAACCCUGCCUAUUUUUGACUUUAUCUUCUUAAAAUUUGAUUUUAAACCUAACAUUAACCACACUACUAAUAUUAUGCCUAACCUUAAAUUAAGGACAAAAAUAUAUUUUUGUUUUCAUGAAUGUUUACUUUGUGGCUAUAUAAUCUAGUGGAAACCCUUCUGCAGAGACAAGCUGACGUGACACUAAUUGGCAUACUGCAUGACUGGCCGAGAGAGACUGGGAGGCUGACACGGCAUGCGACCGACGUGGCAGUCUUUUUCGUUAUAUAUUGCGCUACUUAUGAGCUAACACAGUAACACCCACCUGGUGUCCCAGGUCAAAAUCGAUCCCGAAGAAGAAAUUAGCAGUGGAACUUGGUUCGAGGUCCAUAUUUGAAUUUGCCUAAUGUAAGCAAAAGGGUUCGGAUGCAGACUCGGAUAAUGUUAAUAAAAAAAAUAUAUAUAUAUACAGUGCCUUGCGAAAGUAUUCGGCCCCUUUGAACUUUGCGACCUUUUGCCACAUUUCAGGCUUCAAACAUAAAGAUAUAAAACUGUAUUUUUUUGUGAAGAAUCAACAACAAGUGGGACACAAUCAUGAAGUGGAACGACAUUUAUUGGAUAUUUCAAACCUUUUUUAACAAAUCAAAAACUGAAAAAUUGGGCAUGCAAAAUUAUUCAGCCCCCUUAAGUUAAUACUUUCUAGCGCCACCUUUUGCUGCGAUUACAGCUUUAAGUCGCUUGGGGUAUGUCUAUCAGUUUUGCACAUCGAGACACUGACAAUUUUUUCCCAUUCCUCCUUGCAAAACAGCUCGAGCUCAGUGAGGUUGGAUGGAGAGCAUUUGUGAACAGCAGUUUUCAGUUCUUUCCACAGAUUCUCGAUUGGAUUCAGGUCUGGACUUUGACUUGGCCAUUCUAACACCUGGAUAUGUUUAUUUUUGAACCAUUCCAUUGUAGAUUUUGCUUUAUGUUUUGGAUCAUUGUCUUGUUGGAAGACAAAUCUCCAUCCCAGUCUCAGGUCUUUUGCAGACUCCAUCAGGUUUUCUUCCAGAAUGGUCGUGUAUUUGGCUCCAUCCAUCUUCCCAUCAAUUUUAACCAUCUUCCCUGUCCCUGCUGAAGAAAAGCAGGCCCAAACCAUGAUGCUGCCACCACCAUGUUUGACAGUGGGGAUGGUGUGUUCAAGGUGAUGAGCUGUGUUGCUUUUACGCCAAACAUAACGUUUUGCAUUGUUGCCAAAAAAUUUAAUUUUGGUUUCAUCUCCCAGGUGGCUUGUGGCAAACUUUAAACGACACUUUUUAUGGAUAUCUUUAAGAAAUGGCUUUCUUCUUGCCACUUCCAUAAAGGCCAGAUUUGUGCAAUAUACGACUGAUUGUUGUCCUAUGGACAGAGUCUCCCACCUCAGCUGUAGAUCUCUGCAGUUCAUCCAGAGUGAUCAUGGGCCUCUUGGCUGCAUCUCUGAUCAGUCUUCUCCUUGUAUGAGCUGAAAGUUUAGAGGGACGGCCAGGUCUUGGUAGAUUUGCAGUGGUCUGAUACUCCUUCCAUUUCAAUAUUAUCGCUUGCACAGUGCUCCUUGGGAUGUUUAAAGCUUGGGAAAUCUUUUUGUAUCCAAAUCCGGCUUUAAACUUCUUUUAAACUUUUAAACUUCUUUAAACAGUAUCUCGGACCUGCCUGGUGUGUUCCUUGUUCUUCAUGAUGCUCUCUGCGCUUUUAACGGACCUCUGAGACUAUCACAGUGCAGGUGCAUUUAUACGGAGACUUGAUUACACACAGGUGGAUUGUAUUUAUCAUCAUUAGUCAUUUAGGUCAACAUUGGAUCAUUCAGAGAUCCUCACUGAACUUCUGGAGAGAGUUUGCUGCACUGAAAGUAAAGGGGCUGAAUAAUUUUGCACGCCCAAUUUUUCAGUUUUUGAUUUGUUUAAAAAAGUUUGAAAUAUCCAAUAAAUGUCGUUCCACUUCA